UGACUGCGCUACAAUAGGAAAAUUUUCGUCGUAUCUGCCGCAAUUGCAAUUUUACCGAGACCAAAACAAAUAGCGCUUUUGCGUUGCUGCCAAAAAAAAGUAAAAAGUGAAAAUAAAUAUUGCAGAGUUUUCUGUUGAAAAACGUCAUAUUCUUGGAAGACAUUCAUAGUUUAAAAAAAAACAUCAAUAAUUGGAAAAGCAAAAACAAGUGUUUUGAAAUAUUUGCGAACGUCUCAUUAUCCGGAAAUCAAUACACGUUUCUAGUAAUGUCGUGGCAGACUGGCCCAACGUAUCAAGACCCUAACCAGCAAUAUUAUGGUGGUUAUCCACCACAAGGCGGCUACCCACCACAAGGGGGCGGUUAUCCACCACAGGGUGGUUACCCACCCGCAGGAGGAUAUCCACCAGCAGGAGGCUACCCACCUGGUGGUUACGCACCACAACCCGGCUUUGUCGUGCCUCCACCAGCGGGCGGUGGCUAUGGCGCCUACGAUGAUCCCGAAGGUCAACCAAAGAAUUUCUCUUUCGAUGAUAUGAGCAUACGCAAAGGAUUUAUUCGCAAAGUCUACAUGAUACUUAUGGGUCAAUUGGUUGUAACUUUUGGUUUCGUAGCUCUAUUUGUAUUCCAUGAACCCACCAAACAAUUUGCAUACAGAAAUCCAGCUAUCUUUUGGGUAGCAUUGGCCGUGUUGCUUGUAACAAUGAUCUGCAUGGCUUGUUGCGAGAGUGUACGUCGUCAAACUCCGAUGAAUUUCAUUUUCCUCGGUUUGUUCACACUAGCAGAAUCGUUUUUAAUGGGAGUUUCCGCCAGCCGCUAUGCACCACAAGAAGUACUUCUAGCAGUCGGAAUUACAGCUCUGGUUUGUUUGGCCCUAACACUAUUUGCCACUCAAACCAAAUAUGACUUUACCAUGUGUGGAGGUGUAUUAGUUGUGGCUAUGGUUGUAUUCCUUGUAUUCGGUAUUGCGGCCAUAUUCAUCAAAGGAAAAAUCAUAACACUGGUUUACGCAUCCAUUGGUGCGCUACUCUUCUCUAUUUACCUCAUUUACGACACUCAACUCAUGAUGGGCGGCGAUCAUAAGUACUCGAUUAGCCCAGAGGAAUAUAUUUUUGCUGCGCUUAAUCUGUAUUUGGACAUUGUAAACAUCUUCAUGUACAUUUUGACAAUAAUAGGCGCAUCCAGAGACUAGGAGUAAAUGUAUUUAAAGCUUAUAUUGCUAAGGCAGCUGAUUAGAUUUUGAAAACGCCAGUUGCAGAAUAAUUUUCUAUAUGUUUCCAUUUUCAAAAUUUGUUUUCUAGCAUUAUACAUGCUCACCAGUUUUUGAACUUAUAAUAUGUAAUCGUAUAUGUGAAAUUUGUGAAUCUCAAAUCAAAUUAACUUUUUAAUUUAUACUGUGCUAUGUACAAAGCUUUUAUUAUCAUUAACCAAUCAAUUAAUUAGUGCGCGGAAUCUCUAUUGUUCAACAUUUUUUCAAAAAUUAUAGCACAGUUGUCAACACUUGUGGUGAUUUUUUCCAAAACAAUAACUCAGUGUAAAGACUAAUAUUUGAAUAUGAAUAUUUACCGGUGAAAAGCAUAUUACUCUCUUUAGAGAAUAACAGUAGAAACCAGAGAGAACAUUGACCAAAAAGUAAAAAAACAAAAACAUUUAUUGGAACUGUUACAAUAAUAUACAUAUGUAUGUAGGUAUUUAUGCACCUACUUAAUGAAUAUUUUCUAAUCAACUAUUGUUUUGUUUAUUAAGAUAAUUAUUAUUUUUUUUUUAUUAUAUUGUUAACUGUAGUACAUAUUCAAAAUUAUUUAAUAAGAUGAACGAAUCUUUAAUAUUUUAGGCUUCAUACUUGCAAAAUACGAUAUUAUCAAAAGUAAGUAAUGAUGACACGAAAUUAUUCGCUUAUUCCAAAAAAAGGGAAAUUGUUAUUGCUACCAAAUCAUAGUCGCUAUAGAGGAUUCCCGCUGAACGGUUUUCAAACAUGAAUGGCAAAUGCAAAAAGGAUUUAUUUAACGAUUUAUUAAACUGUAUGUACUAAAAAGUCCUAUUGAAAAUGAACUAAUGAAAACCGUUGAAAUCAACAUAAACCUAUGUACAUUUUGUUGGUUAAUAACUGAAUUAAUGUAAUAAAUAUAUAUAUGCAACUUCAAAAAAUAA